CGAUCGGAAUACGCCGCCACCGUUCAUGAGUCAUGAUUCAAUCCCUCCCACCUCUGACGUUUUCUGCUGACUGAAAAUGUUGACGCGUGUAGAUGCAUGUGCAGCGACACUUCCUGGUAUCGAUCCAUUCUCAUCCGAGAAGACGACGACACGGUAACCAGCAAACUUGCCGUGCAAACAUGCAUGCUCUCAUGCCGACAUCACUUGCUUGGUCCGUGCCGCUUGCGUGUAUAUAUAUGUAGUGCAGUCGACGAUCCCAACUCCCCAGUGCCAGCAGCUCAAGAAAGUAACACGUACGCCGCCAUGGCCAUGGAGCAAGCAAUUUACCUCGUCUUGGCUUUGUUACUCCCCCUCCUACUCCUCAAGCUCGUCAGCAACCGUGGCAGCAGCGGGGCUGCAGGCCAGAGGCUGCCGCCUGGCCCCUGGCGGCUGCCGGUCAUCGGCAGCCUGCACCACCUCGCCGGCAAGCCGCUGGUCCACCGCGCCUUCGCGGACAUCGCGCGCCGGCUGGGCGACGCGCCGCUCGUGUACCUCAAGCUCGGCGAGGUGCCGGUGGUGGUGGCCUCGUCCGCGGAGGCCGCGCGGGAGGUGAUGAAGACGCAGGACGUCACGUUCGCGACGCGGCCGUGGAGCCCCACCACCAAGAUCCUCAUGUCCGACGGGGUCGGGGUGGCGUUCGCGCCCUACGGCGCGCACUGGCGCCAGCUCCGCAAGAUCUGCAUCAUGGAGCUGCUCAGCGCCCGCCGGGUGCAGUCGUUCCGCCACGUCCGGGAGGAGGAGGCCGGGCGCCUCGUCGCCGCCAUCGCAGCGGCGGGUUCCGGCGAGCCCGUCAACGUCAGCGAGCGGCUCGCCGUGCUCAUCGCGGACAUGACGGUGCGCGCCAUGAUCGGGGACAGGUUCAGCAGGCGGGAAGAGUUUUUGGAGGUGCUCCAGCAGGGGGUGAGGAUCCUCUCCGGGUUCAACCUCGGCGACCUGUUUCCCUCCUCCUGGCUCGCCGGCUUCGUCAGCGGCACCGCCCGAGAGGCGUGGGAGAAUCACACCAGGAGCUUCGAGCUCAUCGAGUGCGCCAUCAAGCAGCACGAGGAGGUGAAGGCCGGGAAGGAGGGGGAGCAGGAGGACCUAUUGGACGUGCUCCUCAGGAUACAGAAAGAAGGCGGCCACGACGUGCCUUUUACCAUGGGAGCCAUCAAGUGUCUAUUAGUGGACCUGUUUAGUGCUGGGAGCGAGACGUCGGCGACGACGCUCGCCUGGGCCAUGUCGGAGCUGAUGAGGAACCCGGGCGCCAUGGCAAAAGCACAAGCCGAAGUACGUAACAACCUACAAGGGAAGCCAAGGGUGACCGAGGACGACCUGGCCGACCUCAAGUACAUGAGGCUGGUCAUCAAGGAGACGCUCCGGCUGCACACGUCGGUGCCGCUGCUGCUGCCGCGGGAGCCCACCGAGGCGUGCAAGGUCCUCGGGUACGACGUGCCCAAGGGCACCACCGUGUUCGUGAACGCGUGGGCGAUCUGCAGGGACCCCAAGCACUGGGACGCCGCGGAGGAGUUCAGGCCGGAGCGGUUCGAGUCCGGCGAAGUGGACUUCAAGGGGACCAACUUCGAGUACACGCCGUUCGGGGCGGGCCGGAGGAUCUGCCCCGGGAUGCUGUUCGCGCACGCUAGCAUGGAGCUCGCCCUCGCCUCCCUUCUCUACCACUUCGACUGGGAGCUUCCCGCCGGAGGGGAGUUGGACAUGGAGGAGGAGAUGGGCAUCGCCGUCGGCCGGAAGAACGACCUCUACCUACAUGCCAAAGUCGUUGUGCCGGUUAAUUGACGCCUGCUUCAAACACUUCGUGGGCAGUGGAUCUGACGAACCAGCUUCUCGCUGGAUCCAACAUUGCAGCUGCGUAUUGCAAUUAUGUACACAAUUGUUUACACAAUCGUAGUAAUGAUUGUAUUGUGCCGUUUUUGUGAAUUAUGGAAAAAAUCUAUGAUAUUAUUUGUAUUGAUCAGCAAACG